GCUGAUAUUCGGUACGCUCUACCCCGCUUACUCCUCCUACAAGGCCGUGAAGACGAAAAACGUGAAGGAAUACGAAAUGUCUGAGGAAGGAGAAGUGGGAGGAAACACUGCAGUCUGGAAGCACGUGAAAGUCCAGGGACGAGUUAUUUCUUGAACUCUUUUCUUAUGCACUGUCGUUCUACAUCUCUUUCAGUACUGCUUCUGUUUUCUUCUAAUGGCCUGAGCAAUCUUGCCUGAUUUGUGUUUUCUUACCUACCUUGCUGUUAUCAACAGUUUCUCUUGGUUGGGUCUUCAUUCCCAUUCCUUCCUGCAAUUAUUUCUCUCUCUCUGUCUGUGCCUAUGCUAUUGUUGCAAUUGUGUUAUUUAAACCACCACGGGGUUUUCAGUGAUGAAAUGUGCCACCUUUAGAGAAGUGCUGUUGUUCAAAGGUGAUUAGCGGAGGUAAGUUAUUUGGCUUAUGGGUAGGAUGGAUUUAUUUCUGUUUAGGGUAAUGAAUAGUCAGAUAGAGAAGAGAGGUAAUGUGACUGAGUAGGACGUAAUUUACUGAUGCUGCUUUGCAGUAUAGUCUGAGAUUCUUCAUCCAACCAACUCUGUUUGCUACUUGCAAAACAGCACGUCAGUGAUAAAUGUUGCAGGAUCUUUCUUAUGCUGCUUUAGUCUUAUAAAACUGCCUAGACAUUUCCUGUGCCUUUACCUAAAAUUCAGCUCAUGGGGUUUAGUAUGUAAGAGAGGCUGAUGUGAAAUUGUCUCGUAGUAGAAAGCUUUAAAAACAACAGUUAGCUCAGCUGAUUUUUACUUUUCCGUUCUUUCUUUCUUUCCUUCAACAGAGAAGGAAAAAUGUCAAUGUUCAGUAUAUGCUGACAUCCAGAAGAGCGUUUAGGAGUUGGCAUUAGAGGUAUAGUCAGGAAUACUUUGAACCUUACUGAACUUAGGGUUAGAGUUAAGGAGUUCGUGGCCCCAAGUAGUCUUUGAAUUUGUAGGCACACUUUACAGUAAGAACUGGCUUAUUUUCUGUGGGUAGGUUGACUGCUGAGGUACAGAAACGCGAUGUCUUGCAGAUUAUAAACAUUGCACUGAUUUGAUUUUCUUUUGGUAAAUGUUACCUAUAUUGCAGCAGGUCUUGCUUAAUCUGGUGAUGAAAAAGAAAUGAAAUACAGUACUAGUUUCAUUAAGUUUUUAGAACCAAAAUGGCAGCUAAUUACAUGUUAGUAACCUGAUCUUUGAUUCAAGGAAACACAUCUGAAAUAACAAAAUCCAUCUUUUCUUAAAUUAUUUAUUCUGAAGAGGACUAUAUCAGAACUAAACAUGUAUAUAAUAGAUUCCAGCUGUCCAAAUCAUUAAUCUUUAGAGGGCUUUGUGUUUUUCAAGAGAAGCAGAGGGACCAGAACAAAGAAGUUUUGUUUAAACAUAGUAAAGGGGAGAAUGAUAUCUGUUCAAACUACUCAUGUGAAAUGUCAGUGGAAAGCUUGAAUGCUGUGAUGCGUGGUUAUAAAGCUAGCUGUGUCUGUGCACUACAACAUGCUCAUAAUGCUGAAGAACCAACACAGGUGGUGGGGGAAGACCUUGCAGAUAUAUCUGUGGGGAGAGUAUGAUGCACUGAAGGCUACCGUGAUACAGAUUGAGACGCCAGAUGCAGUUCAGCAAUGGUGUUCAAGUACAGUGCAAUUGCUUUUACCCGCCGUGACAAAGAUUCAAGUCCUCAACCAGCCUUGACAGACAGCCUCUGGUACCUUACGCUGUUUUAAAUGUUUUUUUUUUUCCUUUUACAUGUAGUGUGUAGCUUUGAUAGAUCUACAUUUCAUUUAUGGUUUUGUACUUAGUGAGUUGAUUUAGGUUAUUGGUGCAAACUGGGGAAGUGAUUUAUGUGCAUAUGUGCAAUCAGCUGAAAUAGGUGUUUAUUCAUCUGUUGAGCAACAAGGACCUGACAUCUCUUUAAUGUAUCAAAGAACAAAUAUAGCUUAGCUUGACUGUCAGUUUUUUGAAGAUGUUAGUGAUCUGUGGAUUAGAAAUAUAAGGAAAAUAAAGAAAUAUUUUUCCCUAUCUGCCACUCCCCAUGCUUUCUGCUUUUCUAGCUUCUGAGGAUGUACACUUCAGUGACUUCUAGACCUAGAACUUCAGUCCUCUGCCAUAUUUAACUGCGUUUCUUUUCCUCUGUGGGUAGAGGGGUAGAAUGAAUGAUGGUAAGAGGAGAAGAGGGCAAGGCCCAGAUCCAUUUCCCUUAUUGAACAUGAGAAUAUGCCAUACAUUUAAACAUACCACGCAUUUGAACAGUAACAUAGCAAUGUUUUUUUUACUUCUCCACAUUUCCACUCAGUUCUCCUGACCAUUGCAUUACUACUACAAAGGUCUGGUAAAGUGGAUGAUGUACUGGAUUGUUUUUGCCUUUUUCACCACUGCAGAAACGCUCACAGACAUUGUUCUUUCUUGGUUUCCCUUUUAUUUCGAGUUGAAAAUCGCAUUUGUGAUUUGGCUGCUCUCCCCUUACACCAAGGGCUCCAGUGUCCUCUACAGGAAGUUUGUGCACCCAACGCUCUCCAAUAAGGAGAAGGAAAUUGAUGAAUACAUUACUCAGGCUCGUGACAAAAGCUAUGAAACCAUGAUGCGAGUUGGCAAAAGAGGAUUAAAUCUGGCUGCAAAUGCAGCAGUUACUGCAGCUGCAAAGGGCCAAGGAGUUUUGUCUGAGAAGUUACGAAGUUUCAGCAUGCAGGAUCUCACUCUGAUCCGCGACGAAGAUGCUGUGCAUUUGCAAAGCCAUGAGUCACAGCUUCGCCCCUCUGGAGGAAGCCUCCUUGAAACUAUUGAGGAUUCAGCUUCCUGUUACUCCUCAGGAGAGGAGAGUGGCGUGGCACAGAGACCUAAUGGAACCCCAUCGGAGAUUAGAACAGACCCAUCAGAUGAAGAUGCAGGAGACAAACUGCCAAAACGUUCGCAGAGCCUCAAAGCUCCUAGGAAGAUAACAAAAUCUGAGUUGCCUGUAAAAAGUGUGAAAGCCCGCCCUAAGAAGAAAGCUGCAGGUUCUCUUACUUCUGGGGAGUCAUCCUAAGGAGCCCUCCCCUCCACAACACCCGUCUCUGUCCCAGGAUUUGCCUGUAGCUUUUGAGUGGAAACUCUCCUAAGGAAGGGAGCUGAGAUUAAUGUACAUAACAGAUACUGCUUUGUAGAGCUCGUUCUAAGGUCAAGGGGGGAGGCUGGGAUUCAGAACGUGGAAUAGAGGAUGCACAUCCUCAGGAAUUUUCUCCUUUUCAUCCCCCUCUUGGAGAAAGUGCUAAUGUGUCUGUACAUAACCUGUUGCUUUGAAAUUCCUUCCGUAUAACCCUAACUGGAGAAAAUCUUGAUGAGGAGAACUGACCAGGGUUAGAGAUACCUGUUGCACUGAUGCUGGAAAAAUAAUCAGACAGUGGAGUUCCUCGGGGUUGGGUGGCUCCCCACAUUGUCUUAUUUUGCUCUGGGUAUUCUUCUGCAGCUGUGUUAAGAAGUGCCCACAACGAUUCAUCCGUCUUAAGAACAGACCACAACUGUCAUGUCCAUCCCCUUCCAGAAGUGACUAAAAUGGUGUAUGCUGAGUGCUUUUGAAUGUAAAGGACUCACUCAUGGGAGGAGUAAACCAGAUUAUGGAUUUUAGUACUGGAAGAUGAGCUUGUUUUUAUUUUUCUAAAAGGUUAGUGAUGAAAUUAGUAAGCUUAGUUAUGAAGAAAAUAUGCUGUUGUCUGCAUACAUGAAGGAGUAGAUAGAGAUAUCCACGGGAGGUGGCUGUUGAGAAGGAAAGGUGAUCAUUCAUAAGAUUUUGGCAAUUUUUUUUUUUUU